GUUUUGUGUUUAAGCCAAAUUUCAAGAAAAGGAAGAUCUCUGUGCCAAUAGAUUGAAGAAGUAGGAAGAUGCUCCGUAUUUUGCCCACCAUCUGUCCCCUGACCAGAAGACAGAUAUGUCCCUAAGAGAAGACUAACUCUAACUCUCCUCAGUAUUCUGUGAUGAGUACACAUCCAGCAAAACAACUGGGCAGAUACAGUGUUUUCACCAUGGAAGAGGUUCACAUCAAAGCAAAGCAGUAUGAGUGGGAACUGUGGCAGGAGGAAACCUGACAAAAAGGACUAUUUUAAUAAAGGCAAAAAUGAGUCUGAGGACAGCAAGCUUCGAUUCGAAACUUAUCAUUUGAUGUGGGAACAGAUGAAAUAUGAAACUGAGCGACUACAGGAAGAAUUAAAUAAAAACCUUUUUGACAAUCUAAUUGAAUUUCUGCAAAAGUCUCAUUCUGGAUUUCGGAAGAAUUCAAGAGACUGGGGCCAUCAAAUAAAACAUAGAGAAAUUCCAGCUGCUGCGCUUGUUCUUGGUGUGAAUGUUACAGAUCAUGAUUUAAUAUUCAGAAGUCUAACAGAGGCCCUCCAGAAUAAUGUCACACCGUAUGUAGUCUCAUUACAAGCUAAAGAUUGUCCAGAUAUGAAACAUUUUUUGCAAAAGUUGGUCUCACAAUUGGACUGCUGUGUUGAUACAGAACCCAAAGAGAAGGAAAGUAUUCAGGUCACCCAGAAAAUGACACAUUGUUCAAUGGAUUCACUUUCUAGUUGGUAUAUGACUGUCACACAGAAGACAGACCUAAAAAUACCAGGCAAAAAGCGGACAACUUCUAGCCAGUGGCAGUCUCCUCCUGUUGUACUUAUCUUAAAGGACAUGGAAAGUUUCACCACAAAAAUACUCCAAGACUUCAUAAUUGUCAGCAGUCAACAUCUGCAUGAAUUUCCACUAAUACUCAUUUUCGGGAUCGCCACAUCUCCUAUUAUCAUCCACCGAUUGCUUCCUCAUGCAGUAUCAUCUCUGUUAUGUAUAGAACUGUUCCAGUCUUUACCUUGCAAGGAGCACCUGACAACAGUACUUGAUAAGCUACUUCUUACAACUCAGUUUCCCUUUAAAAUAAGUGAAAAAGUGUUACAGAUUCUAACCAACAUCUUUUUGUAUCAUGAUUUUUCAAUUCGAAACUUUGUAAAAGGACUUCAGCUUUCUCUACUAGAGCAUUUUUAUUCCCAGCCCCUAAGUGUUCUGUGCUGCAGUCUCCCAGAAGCCAAGAGAAGAAUAAAUUUUUUAUCAGUUAAUCAAUGUGAAAACAUCCGUCGUCUUCCAUCAUUUAGACGGUAUGUGGAAAAGCAAGCUUCAGAAAAGCAAGUUGCACUGUUGACUAAUGAGAGAUUUUUGAAGGAAGAAACACAAUCAUUACUAGAAAAUCUGCAUGUUUACCAUUUGAAUUAUUUCCUGGUUUUGAAAUGUCUUCAUAAUUUCACUUCUUCUCUUCCCAAGUACCCACUGGGUCGACAGAUUAGAGAGUUGUACUGCACAUGUUUAGAAAAGAACAUAUGGGAGUCAGAGGAGUAUGCAUCAGCCUUGCAGCUGCUGAGAAUGUUGGCAAAGGAUGAACUGAUGACCAUACUUCAGAAAUGUUUCAUGGUUUUUAAAUCCUCUUCUGAAAAGCAGCUUGGCAGCACAGCAAAGAGAAUAGAGGAGUUCCUGGCCCAGUUUCAGAACCUUGAUGCAGAUGCCAAAGAGGAAGAAGACGCUUCUGGAUCACAGCCAAAGGGGCUUCAGAAGACAGAUCUCUAUCAUCUUCAGAAGUCUUUAUUGGAAAUGAAGGAGUUGAGAAGAACAAGUAAGAAGCAAACCAGGUUUGAAGUACUCAGAGAAAAAGUUGUGAACUUCAUUGACUGUCUAGUGAGAGAAUACCUUCUGCCUCCUGAGACGCAGCCUCUGUACGAGGUGGUGUACUUCAGUGCUGCCCACACCCUUCGUGAGCACUUAAAUGCCGCUCCACGAGUCGCCCUCCACACUGCACUCAACAAUCCUUAUUAUUAUCUAAAGAAUGAAGCACUGAAAAGUGAAGAAGGCUGCAUUCCAAAUAUUGCCCCUGACAUCUGCAUAGCUUAUAAACUGCACCUGGAGUGUAGCAGGCUAAUCAACCUUGUGGACUGGUCAGAGGCUUUUGCAACAGUUGUGACAGCUGCUGAAAAGAUGGAUGCAAAUUCUACAACUACGGAAGAGAUGAAUGAAAUUAUCCAUGCUCGGUUUAUUAGAGCUGUUUCUGAACUAGAGCUUUUAGGAUUUAUAAAACCUACCAAACAGAAGACUGACCAUGUAGCAAGGCUAACAUGGGGAGGCUGUUAGAAUGCAGAUGAGGGAAGCCAGAUGUAUCAUGUGUACCUUAAGUGCAGAAGACUAGUCAUGUUUACAUGCCACUAGAGACUACUAAGAAGAAAAUGUAUAGUCCUCCCUUGUGAUGUUGAACCAGAAAGUCCACUGCUAAUCUCAAGCAGGCUUAUAUCAAAAAAAUCUUUGGGAUAUUUUAAAAUCUAAAAAAUAAACAUGCUUACAACUAAAACCUCUCAUACAUUAUCAUUGUACAAAGUCAUAAACUGAAUCAUUCUUGGACAUACAUUGUGUAAAUAAAUUUAUCCAGGAAUGUAAAUUAUUUGUAAUUGGUGUAGUUGUACUCACUCCUUAUUCCUCUAUUUCUUACAUUGGCUUUCCUCACUGGUAUAUUGUAUAGUAAGUCAUAACACGAAUAUUCUACAGGUUUGUUUCUCAUGGUAACUAGACUAAAACUUCUUCUGCCUCCCCAUGUCCUCUAAGAACUUUCAAGGUCUCAAGCUGUUUGGCUUUAUGCUUAAAGGCAGUAGAAUAUUCUCCUUCCCUGUGACCCAUCAUGGAGUGUUAUAUCUGGUAAGGCCCGUACAAAUCACAUCCCCAAACUUAAAAAACUGAGGUAAAGAAACUAAUGUUAAAGAUGCAUUGAUAUCUGGAUCUCUUUCAUGGAAAGAACUCAUUAAGAAACAUUUAAACAAAGAUAUGUAAAGCUCAUUGUUUAAUGUUCUACUUCCAAGAGAAUUCUGGGACUUUUCUAAUACACCAAAAUUACCAUGCCAGUGUUACUGGGAGGAGUGAGGGUCUAUGUCCAGGAAAAAAUUGCAUUAGCAAACCAUAGUAUUAACUAUGUAAUUGGCAGGUUUUAUGUAUAUAUGUGCAUGUUUUGAGAACAAUUUCAGUAUAUAACUAAACUUAUUAAUUCUGGAGUGUAAAAAGGAGGUAUUAAUAUGGGUUUUAAAAUAACGAAUGCCUUAAAAAUCUAGCAAUAAGAUGUAUUUAGAUGAAAUUAAUAAGUGCUGCCCCUCCACCCACAAAACAUAAAAUUGCUACAUGAAAUAUCUGUCCCCAAAACAAACUGUUAAAAAUGUUCCCAAAGCUAAAAAAGAAGCCCCAAAGUACCAGAAAUAAUCAGUUGCAAGCCAAAGCAGAAACUGUCUAACCCUGUAGAGCUUUGAGAAAGACCAUUACCUCAGUAGUAUUGGUCAGGUUAGGUAUCUUACCAUCUUCACUUCAAAGAGCCAGGCCUCUUAUUCAGCCAAAUAUAAACACGCUUAACGGUACUGUCAACUUAAAAUUUAAGAACUUAUGAUAUACAAACAAAACAUUAAAAAAAAAACCUUUUUAUCACAGUACCGGAAUUACCAGAAUUAGGGCAUGAAGCAGAUUCUCCACCAAAUGGAUAUCAUGAGAGAAUAAGUUUGUGAAGUUGAGACUCCAUGAUUUAUUUUGAAGCAAUAGUCCAGGUUUUUUCUUACAUUCUAGUCAUUUUCCUCUAGUCAGAUAGCCCUCAACUACAUUUUUUUUUUAAACAAUGGGUGGUAAAAAUCUAGGGAAAAUAUGUGCGAUUUUAAGGAUCUUUCAUCUAUUGCCUCUUUGAGGCCAUCAGCCAUGGGGAAGGUUUCCUAGUACUCUGUUGUAUUAAUGAGGACACCAUUAAUAUAUGCAACAUGGUUUCCUCCAGCCUUCAAAUGACACAGAUGAGCACCAGAUGAAACUUAGAACUUUGUUUAAAUACCACUCAUAUCUUACAGUAUUAACAAAAAUACUAAGUCUUAAGAAAGACUAGCAAAUUCACGUCUGUCUGAUAGCACAGAUUUCCUGAGAUGUAAAAGCAACCCUGCUUUAUUUUGCUGUGCACUUACUAAAUUCAUACAGCUUAAACGUAUAUAAUGCACUGAACCAUAUUGAGGAAAGAAUCCCAGAGUCAAGUUCUGGGGCAUGCCUAUGAACUUAUUAAAAACAUUUAGGGAAAUGAAGAUUGGGCCACCAGCAAAAGACAAGACUGAGGAGCUGCAGCCAGUAGUGAAAAAUCAGGCAAGUGUAAUAGCUUACAAGCCAACUAGAGUUUCAAGGUCAAAUGCUGAUUAGACUUCACAAUGUAGAAACCUUUGGUGACUUUACUAAUAGUGUAUCAUGAAGAUAAAGCCCUCUGUCACAUCGCCUAACCAAAUGUCCAAAAUUAACACUAAUCCUGGAAAGGCCAUACAUUAUGUAGCAUCACCUUUUAUUCUUACACAAGUUUUAACCUGAAAAUUAAUAUUUUAGGCCCAACUUCAGUCUACAGUUAGUUCAGAAGCCUAGGUUAAGUCAGUGAUAGCACAAAUAUUCAAGAAAACAGGCCUGGGUCUUCCCAGUUAGAAUCUUGAUUGAAUCCCAAGGGUGGAAGGGCUAAUAAAAUUUUGUUGACAAGUGGGAAAACCUCAGUAUGGAUUUGAUAUUAAAUUAGGAAGUAUUUUAAAAAGGGUAACGUUAUCGAGGUUAUUUGUAUAAAAGUACCCAUUUUUAGGAGAUACAUGUUUAAUAACUGUGUUGUUGGACUAUUUCAACUUUUCCAUGUUUGGGCUUUUUCCUAAUAAAACAAAUUAAUGAAGAGAGGAAGGGCAGUAAAUUGGAGGAUGUUUAGAAAAAUUUUUUUUGCUAGGUAACAGUAAAAUAAAAUAAUAGCUGGAGGAGGAAUAUAGAAUCAAAAGGUUUUUAAUAACAUUUUGUUCAUUUGGGAUUGAUCUAGAAGAGAAAAUGGAUGCAGGAGAGAAGACAGCUGGAGCUACGUCUUUGAAUAAGAU